UGUUGCGCCGGGACGAACAAAAUUAAAAAUGGAAUAGUACGAAGGCGCAGGCAGUAAAGGGUUACCGGCGUUACCGCAUCUUCCUGUGCCCGUAACCGGGCGUCGUUUUACGGGGAAAAUCAUUUCUUGCUGCGCAAACUGUGUACUUCUCAAUUCACUCCGAUGAGAAGAAGAUUCGUGCCGUUUUCUCCAGGAGAUUGUCUUACGGUUUUUUUACUACAUCAUCUGCACAUUGUACAGUUAUAAUUUGCUGCCCAGUGGCCCAGUUUACGGCGCUGUCCGCUCACCGAUACAUCGGAUUUCCCGAAUAUUCGGGACAACACAUUACUAGUUAUGUCGCUAGACGAAUUGAGCCUACCUGAGAACGACAAGACCUACGUCGAUUUGACGAAGGACUUCUUCGGCCAGCUUCGCGAUGUGCAGAUGGCGGGCCAUCUGUGCGAUGUAGUGCUCAAAGGCUGCGAGGAUACUUGUACUGGCAUUCCCUGUCAUCGUUUGGUACUUUGCGCGUGCAGCAGCUACUUCCGGAGCAUGUUCACUUCGGACUGGAGAGAAUCCCCCCCGACAGGGAUCCAACUGAACAACAUUCAAUCAAACACGCUGCAGGAACUGGUGCGAUAUGCGUAUUCGAUGGAAAUCACCAUCAACGAGGAGAAUGUAUACCCGGUUCUGACUGCUGCGCUCUUCCUGGAUAUCUCUUCCGUCUCCAAAUUGUGCUGGCGAUUCGUGGAAAAUCACAUGACCAUAACGAAUUGUCUGACGGUGUACUGUCUGGCUGACUUGCACAACAAUCCACAGCUGGCAUCUUCAACAUUUUAUCCGAAUUAG